CAUACAUACAUACAUACAUUUAGAAAUAUAAACAUAAAGAAAUAGGUCAUACACAUAUAUCUAUAUCUACAAACUGUAGACAGUCGGUCGAUAUGGAGUCGAAGCCAGAAACAAUGGGCGAACAGGAGAGUGUAACUGUACAGGGAAAAUUCGGGGGGUUUGCAUUAAAGUCCAAGGCUGAAGUCAAGUUACAACCUGCCAGCACGGUUUUGGGUGUCAAGGCGCAUUUCACCGAUGACAGGCAAUCCGAGCAAAAGAUCACAUCGUUGAGCAAGGAUGUACAGCCCGAGAAGAAGCAAGCGCUAGUGAUACCAAUGGUACAAAAUGCCGCCGAUGUCACCAUGGCAGCAGCUGCGGCCUCGCUAUUGCUGGAUGCCCAGAGAGACGGCACAGACCAACCAGAGACUGGCGAUAAGAUGGUGCUGCCGUUGCUACAGAAGAACAACUUGGUUACCAAGGGCCCAG